AUGGAAGGCAGCAGCACCCCUGUCACUAAAUCUGCAGCUGCCAAGUUAGUUAAAAGAAAUUUCCUGGAGGCUCUAAAGUCAAAUGACUUCGGAAAACUGAAGGCCAUUUUAAUCCAAAGGCAAAUAGAUGUGGACACAGUUUUUGAAGUUGAAGAUGAGAAUAUGGUUUUGGCAUCUUAUAAACAAGGUUAUUGGCUGCCUAGUUACAAAUUAAAGUCUUCCUGGGCGACAGGCCUGCAUCUCUCUGUCUUGUUUGGUCACGUGGAGUGUCUUCUGGUGUUACUGGACCACAAUGCUACCAUCAACUGUAGACCCAAUGGGAAAACCCCUCUUCAUGUGGCUUGUGAAAUGGCCAACUUGGAUUGUGUUAAAAUCCUCUGUGACCACGGAGCAAAGCUGAAUUGCUACUCCUUAAGUGGACACACAGCUUUACACUUCUGUACAACUCCUAGCUCCAUUCUCUGUGCCAAGCAAUUGGUUUGGAGAGGGGCCAACGUGAACAUGAAGACGAACAACCAGGAUGAGGAGACACCCUUGCACACAGCUGCCCACUUCGGCCUCCCGGAGCUGGUGGCCUUCUAUGUAGAGCACGGGGCCAUCGUGGACAGCGUGAACGCCCACAUGGAGACCCCGCUGGCUAUCGCCACCUACUGGGCCCUCCGCUUUAAAGAGCAGGAGUACAGCAGGGAUCACCACCUCAUCUGCCGCAUGCUUCUCGACUACAAGGCCGAGGUCAACGCCAGGGAUGACGACUUCAAAUCUCCGCUGCACAAGGCAGCCUGGAACUGUGACCACGUGCUCAUGCACAUGAUGCUGGAGGCCGGCGCCGAAGCCAAUCUCAUGGAUAUCAACGGCUGCGCUGCCAUUCAGUACGUGCUGAAGGUCACCUCUGUGCGCCCAGCUGCCCAGCCUGAGAUCUGCUACCAACUACUGUUGAACCAUGGGGCUGCUCGAAUAUACCCUCCACAGUUCCACAAGGUGAUCCAGGCUUGCCAUUCUUGCCCCAAAGCAAUCGAAGUUGUAGUCAAUGCCUACGAACACAUCAGGUGGAACGUAAAGUGGAAAAGAGCUAUCCCAGAUGAUGACUUAGAGAGAUACUGGGAUUUUUACCACUCUCUCUUCACUGUGUGCAGUAACUCUCCGAGGACUCUCAUGCAUUUAUCGAGAUGUGCCAUUCGAAGAACAUUGCAUAACAGAUGUCACAGAGCAAUUCCUUUGCUUUCCCUCCCAUUGUCAUUGAAAAAGUACUUGCUUUUAGAGCCAGAGGGAAUCAUUUAUUAAGCCUUAUGAGACAGAAGUUCCCAAUCCUAGAUAUUUAAGUGGACUCACCGGGUCGACACAGUUUGCAUAAAUAAAAUGGUACUUGGGUUGAUUAUAA